UUACCGCCUGUAAGAAAUCGGAAUUUCAAGAAAAGAACAAAUAAAAAGACUGUUUCUCAAAACAAUAAAAAGAACAAAGAAAAUAAAGCAACAAGGAUAAAGUCUUAUGACUAUAAGUCUUGGGAAAAAUUUGAUGUGGACAAAGUAUUGGAAGAACUGGAUAAAAAUGACAGUACUUCAGAGCCUGACACAGAAGAUGAGGAAAUAGAUGUAGAGAAAGCUCUUUCAGAGAAAGAAAAGGGUAAUAAUUACUUCAAAGAAGGGAAAUAUGAUGAAGCAAUAGAAUGUUAUACCAGAGCCAUGACUAUGGAUCCAUAUAACCCAGUCUUCCCUACAAAUCGUGCAUCAACUUUCUUAAAAUUAAAAAAGUAUGCUGUUGCAGAAUCAGAUUGUAAUUUGGCAAUUGCAUUGGAUAAAUCCUUCUUGAAGGCGUACCUUCGACGAGGUGCUGCUCGUAUGAAAUUGAAAAACUUUCAGGGUGCAAAAGAAGAUUUUGAAAUGGCGCUAAACUUGGAUGCACAAAACUUUGAAGCACAGAAUGAACUCAGAAAAGUGAAUGAGGCUCUCGCACCAGAUCAGAAAGAUCAGAACCAAGUAAGCACAGAUGAACAAAUGGAUACCAAUGAUGAAAAGAAACUGACAGAGGCCCAAGCAAAACAGGAGGCAAUUUUUGAAAAAGAUUUGGGCAAUGAGUACUUCAAAGAAGGAAGGUAUUUAGAAGCGGUUGAAUGCUAUACUAGAGGAAUGGCAGCAGAUGGCGCCAAUGCACUUUUACCUGCCAACCGGGCCAUGGCUUACCUUAAACUUAAGAAAUUUGCAGAGGCAGAAGCUGAUUGCAGCCAGGCAAUCUCACUGGAUAAUACCUACUCCAAGGCAUUUGCACGAAGGGGAACUGCCAAAAUGUGCCUAGGGAAGAUGGAGGAAGCGAAAGAAGAUUUUGAAAUGGUACUGUUGCUGGAACCAGGAAAUAAACAAGCUUUAACUGAACUUGGAAAGAUAAACAAGGAAUUGGCUUUGCAAGGAGUUCCAACACAACAGACAUCUUCAACAAGCAACAAAGGUCAAAGAAUAAUCAAACCAAUCGAUAAGCCACCCCAUCUGAGAUCUACUAAACCCCUAAUAAGAGUUGCUAUUGAAGAAGUUGGAGAUACAGUGAUUAAUACUAAGAAGGAAGCAGCUGCAGUCAGUUUCCCUUUUGAUGUUGCAGCGAAACCACCAACUAUGGUAUCAGCAGUCGAAGAAACUAAUAAAAUUCAGGAGAAAAACACACCUGAGGACUGUUCUGUGCCAACUGUUGAAGCACCCAAUGCCAAAAUACUUAAAGUUGAAGAGAGUGGACAUCAUGUCGUAUCAGACAAGCAACCCAUUACAGCCAAUGCUGCUACUGUAGAGAAAUCAGCAGAAAUGAAGAAAGUUGAAGUGCCUCUUUUUUCUCAUUCUGUGAUUGUCCCUCAAGCUCCUGCCAACGCCUUUCAACUUGAAGCAGACCUCCGCAAACUGAAAAACUACCCAGAGAUGUUAUAUAAAUAUAUAAAGCAAAUUGAGCCCUCUUUGUAUACACAACUGUUUCAGAAGUCUUUGGAACCUGACAUUCUAAAUCACAUUUUAAGAAUCUUUCAUGAUUCGUACAUCAGGUUUGAGGAACCAUCCCUAAUUCUAGAUGUUCUAAGGAACUUAGCAAACGUGAAAAGGUUUGAUAUGGCGGUAAUGUUUAUGUCGGAAUCAGAAAGACAAGUUGUAAAGGACUUAUUUGAUCAUCUACAGAAAUCUGGUGUUGAAGAAGAAUCACUUAAAACAUUGAAGAGCAGAUACAGUGUUUGAAAAAUCCUUCUGGCCUGCACAUAAAUAUAGUAAAGGGGAAAAAUUGUAUUUGACCUAAACCCCUCUUGUAUAGUAUUUCCCUCAAAGAUAAUUAUUUUCAUGUAAGGUUGUACCAUGUAUGUACAAUAUUUCUCUUGAGCAGUUU